AUGACGCAGUCAAAACAAGAGGUCGAGCUGCAGGACCUACCACACUAUCUACGCUCAGAUGCCCAGGACGCGGCUGGCAAAGGUCAAGUCCUGGACCAUGAGUCCCUGACGGCUUCCAUUGCCAACUCUGAUCCGCCUGAACAUGCAGUAUCUGUCUCGCAGCGAUGGAAUGGCUCCAGAUCAAACGUCUUCAAAACCAUGUCGACGUUCCUCGGCUUCAUUGUGAUGGGCGCCAAUGACGCCGCGUAUGGCGCUAUCCUGCCUUACCUUCAGCGCUACUACGAUACAUCCUAUACAGUUGUGUCGCUAGUCUUCCUCUCACCCUUUGUCGGCUACAUCGCAUCCGCAACCACGAACAACUUGCUGCACAAGACAUUUGGUCAACGAGGUAUUGCCAUCAUUGGUCCGACAUGCCACAUCAUAUCGUACAUCGUCAUUUGCACUCACCCGCCGUUUGGAGCACUGGUCGUGGUGUUCAUCCUAGCCGGCUAUGGCAACGGUGUUCUCGAUGCUGCAUGGAAUUCGUGGAUCGGUAAUCUCGCGAACCCGAACGAGCUCUUAGGAUUCCUGCAUGGCUUCUAUGGACUCGGCGCAGUGAUCUCGCCUCUGGUCGCUACGACUAUGAUCACACGAGGGGGGCUUGAGUGGUACACCUUCUACUAUAUCAUGAUCGCCGCUGCAGUGUUGGAGUUGGCGGCAUCGACAGCUGCCUUCUGGGACAUGACCGGCUUGAAGUUCCGCCAGCUUAUGAGCGACGAUGCGGUCCGCGGUGCAACGCGUGCAGCGCUCAAGACUCGCGUUGCGUGGAUAGGUGCCGUGUUCUUGUUGGUCUACGUCGGCAUUGAGGUCGCCUUGGGAGGCUGGAUCGUUGAAUUCAUGAUCCAAGUAAGGGACGGGCAGCCAUUCGAGUCCGGCAUGGUCGCUACAGGCUUCUGGUUGGGCCUGACUGUUGGCCGCUUCAUCCUCGGGUUCAUCACACCACGCCUCGGAGAAAACCUCUCGAUCUUCGUCUACCUCCUAUUUGCUAUGGCUAUGCAGCUCCUCUUUUGGCUUGUACCGCAGUUCAUCGUAUCUUCUGUCGCAGCGGCACUUGUUGGCUUCUUCCUUGGACCUCUGUUUCCGGCUGUGGUCGUUGCAAUCACGAAGCUACUUCCACCACAUCUGCACGUGGCCACAGUCGGCUUUGCUGCCGCCUCCGGAGGUGGAGGAGCUUGUAUUCUACCCUUCGCAGUCGGAGCGAUCGCACAGAAGGCCGGUGUCCGCGUCUUGCAGCCAAUCAUUCUGGCUAUGCUGGCUCUUGCGUUACUUCUGUGGACAUUUGGUAUGCCAAAAAUCAGCGGGAAGGAAGAUGCGAAGAAUGGCAAACUCGAGAAGGCCAAGGGCGCUGUAUCAAGAGCGUUCUAUGGCUGCUUCUCAGCCCGACUAUGA